AUGUCAGAGUCCCAAGAGCAACAACCAGCUCAGGAGCCUGAGCUUAAUGAGUUCCAAAAGUACAAUGCUUCGGUGGACCGCACCAAGCUCCCACUCUUCACCAGAGCACAGUUGCAACAGUACAACGGAGUGGAUAAACCAGAGUUAUACGUGGCGAUCCGAGGAAUGAUUUACGACGUGACACAUAACCUGAAGAGCUAUGGCCCUGGAAAGGCGUACAAUCGUCUAGUCGGGCGGGAUGCCAGCAGACAGCUUGGAACCAACAAGCUACAGUUGGGGCCAAACGAGCAGUUGGAAGACGAGCCAGAUAACACGUGGUACACGGGAGACUUGACGGAGAAGCAGAAUGGCGUCGUGGACAAGUGGGGGGAGUUUUUCAGAAAGCGGUAUAAGAUCAUCGGGAUGGUGGUUGACCAGGAGCGUAGCCGAAAGUAA